UCUCCACCGGUUGCAUUCCUUCUCACUUUAGUGGAUGGUUGCUCUGGAUCCAAGCAGGGAACGAUGUCACAGUAUUCAGGGAAGAUAGUGUUCUAUGAGGGGAAGUGUUUCACAGGCAGUAGGCUGGAGGUGUUUGGAGAAUGUGAUAACUUCCAGGACCGUGGAUUCAUGAACAGGGCGAACUCCAUCCGCGUGGAGAGCGGUGCAUGGGUGUGCUUUGACCAUCCAGAUUUCAAGGGACAACAGUACAUGCUGGAGAAAGGAGAGUAUCCGGAAUUCCAACGCUGGAACUCCCACAAUGAUCACAUGGGCUCCUGCAAGCCAAUCAAAAUGCAUGGGGAGCACUACAGAAUGGAGCUGUAUGAGGGUGAGAACUUCACUGGUCAGUGUGUUGAACUGUGUGAAGACUGUCCCUUCCUCCAGACCACAGGAUUCAGCAAGAACUGUCUCAACUCCAUUAAAGUCUAUGGAGACGGCGCUUGGGUGAUGUACGAGGAGCCGAAUUACCGCGGCCGCAUGUACAUUGUGCAGAGAGGAAACUACUGCACAUUUAUGGAGUGGCAAGCUGAGAAUCCCAACAUUCAGUCUAUCCGCAAGGUGGUCAACUAUUUCUAAACCUUAAAACACAACAGCUCUAUUAGACGCUCCAGUUUAUUGCCCACCUGACAGCCGAGCUUUGAUUUGUAAAUCACGUCGCUAAUUGCUUUUAAUCUCUGUGGAAUUUCAGUAAUAAAUUGGUUAUUUAAAAAGAAAUGUAAUUAGCACAGAAAGACUUGAUCUAAAUUUUGUCUGUUUUAUUUUGUAUUUGUACUGAGGCAAUGGGCUGAAAUAAAAAUGAAAAUUGUGAAACCAAAA